AUGGUUGUUGAUUAUGUGCCUAAGGAUUUGGUACGCGACAUCUUAUUAAGAUUACCCGGCAAAAGUUUUAUCAGAUUCAAGAGUGUUUGCAAAUCAUGGUGUGCUAUUUUUUCUGAGCCUAAUUUUAUAUACAAAGCCCUACUUUCUCAUUCUGAAGAUUUGAAUCCCAAUCAUCGUGUCCUCGUCAAAUCUGAGAAACAUUGGGAUUUUGUUUUUUCCUUCCUAUCAUCUGAUACGUUAUCCAUGUCUAUACCUCAGGAGAUCCCAUAUCCAAGAGAUAUAAUUGAUAAAUGUUCAUUUAUUGACAUCGUGGGUUCUUGCUGUAAUGGCUUAAUUUGUCUUCGUGAUGUAUAUUUCUUUAAGAAUUUGCUAGAUCCGUGGAGAAGUAUUUAUGCUUAUCAGAGCAAUAUUAUUUUAUGGAAUCCCACAACCUCUGAGACUAAGAUGCUACCUCAAUCCAAUCUUCUUCAUCCUCCUCGUACUUUUAUUUCAUUGGGAAUUGUAGAAUUUGGAUUUGACAAGAGAGCCAGUGAUUACAAAGUUCUCAGGAUUUUUUGUUAUUUAAAUCCUCCUGAUCAAUCCAUUGAUUACAUAGCGGAGAUUUAUAGCCUCAGGGAUGAUUCAUGGAGAAAAAUCGAUUUCUGUUUGAAAGAUUGGCGAUUGCUCUGUUAUAAAUAUGAUAGAAUCUAUUAUUAUUACCACAGAGGUCAUACGGGUGCCAAUGGUGUAUUUCAUUGGUGGGCAAGAGACAGUAACAGGAAUUAUGCAAUUGUUUCAUUUGAUUUGAGCACUGAGGUUAUCAAAACGACAGCUCUACCAGAAGGUAUUGGAUAUUCUUGCUACAGAACAUUGUUUUCAUUGAAUGAUUAUGUUGCUUUCCCCCACCGUAACGAUGAUAAUCAAGUUGAGUUGUGGGUAUUGCUUGAAUAUGGUGUUAAAGAAUCUUGGACUAAAUUAUACACCAUACCAUGCCUUGGAGAUUUGUGUCAGCCAGUAGGAUUUUCAAGCAAUGGAUGA